UCACUUGUCCAGCAGUCCUUUCACCCGUCGCCUUCCUCUGCAUCGGCCUCUCGUGUGUGGCGGCACUUGCAGGAAGGUCCGCUGUGCUGCAUGCUCUCUCAGCCACCCAUACAGCUCCCGAAACAGCCACGCAUCAUAUGCACAGUACAGCAGCCUCCCCUCACUCAUCAAACCCUCACCCCUCCUGUGACCCCCAACGUCACUCCCCGACGGGAUCAUAUUCUCUCCUUCUCCGCCUCCCGCAAUCAGCUUUUGCACCACAGCUGCCUUGCUGCUCGUCUUGAGGGCGUCGCGCAGGUUGGCGUCGAUGUCCACGAGGUUCCCAACGGUGAGAUUCCAGUAAUCGGACAU